AUGACACUCUCCCCUCGCAGCUAUGCAGCCGGCCCGCCGCCACCUCCCAUCGGUGGCAUUCAAGAUGAGACGCCCAUGGGAGCAGGGAUGUUGGAUCCGACACAACAACACUACCAGCCGCCGAAUAUAAGUUAUCCGGACGAAAAAUCCAAGAAGACAUUCACGUUUACUCGAAAAACAAUAAUAAUAAUUGUGGUUGUAGUGGUGGUUAUCAUCGGCGCACUCGUGGGUGGAUUGGUGGGCGGGUUGAGAAGCAAAAAUAGUGGGAAUAGUUCUCCAGAAACGUCGUCGCAAACCUCGAGCUCAGACUUGAGUAAUACUGGAGCAUUUACUCCUGUUCGAACAUCGUCGAGUUCUGGUGAUACUUCUACUCCGACUCGUGGACCGGAUGCCACGACCACUGAUGGGAAUCGUCCAACUUCCACUGGCACUAGUACUAUCUCAGAAAUCGAUACCUUACGGGGCACAGAUGGUUCCGAAGAUGCCUAUCCCACAACCGCAACAUAUUCUAUAAUCAAUGCCAGUGGAAUAUCCGAUAUCUCUCCAACUCCCUUCCCAGGAUUCGACGAACCAAUCUCCUCGUCCUCUUUACUCAAAAACGGAGACUUUAAGUCCGGUAACUUCGAUGGCUGGACCAAUGACGACGGUUGCUGGCGGGUGCAGAAGGAUCCCUCAACAGUUGGUUUCUCUCCGUUAGAAAAGUUGAACAAUGGGAAUAAUAGUAUUGCUCGAAAUACGGCUGAUGAUCUGAGUGGUGGGAAGAGUUGUAAUCUUACACAAGUGGUCACGGGCUUACAGCCUGGGACGCUGGAGCUUUCCUUCUUAUGGGGGCUCUACGAAAUAGACAAGGAUACUUGGUUUUACGUCUCUGCCGGGCCCAUUAGUCGUCAAUUGGUGAUAUUAGCAAUGCAGGAUACCCCGGGGUUUCACAGAACGAUAGAAUGGACACGGUCGGCAUAUAGCAUCGAGUUCGAAGGUGGUGACUUUGUAGUUACUUUCUCGGCGCACUCACGAGCAACUGCACAUGAUGUCGCGCAAGUUCAGUUGAUCCUAAAAUAA